AUCCAAUCCAACACUUACACCAACAUCUCUCUCAUUCGUUACACACUCUCAGAGUCAGAUCCUCUCUCUUUCUUUCUUUCUUUUUCUCCCUCAAUUUUCGAAUCAACCAAUACAAAAUUCCCCACUCACACACACAUCCCUAUAUUUUACACAUUUUCUUAUUCCAAAUAAAUUACACACACACCCCUAACCCACCAAAUUAAUAAAUAAAACCUUUUUCUCCAUUUUCAUUCACAACUCAAAAAAAAAAAUCUUCAUCUUCAUCUUUAUUUUUCUCUGUUGCGGUAACAGAGAAAUCAAAAUGGCACUAUCACGAUUAUCAUCAUCAUCAACUUCAACCAUCAAAUCAAAUCUCAUCAAACCAAUCUCCACCAUCUUCACUCUCAACCGUUCGAUCUCCUCCGACACCACACUCUCAAUCGAAACCUCCAUCCCUUUCACCGCCCACAACUGCACUCCACCUUCCACCACCGUCACCACAACCCCCAAUGAACUCCUCAACUUCUUCCAUACCAUGUCUCUAAUGCGUCGUAUGGAAAUCGCUGCGGAUUCUCUUUACAAAUCCAAACUCAUCCGUGGUUUCUGCCAUCUUUACGACGGCCAGGAAGCCGUCGCAGUCGGCAUGGAAGCAUCAACCACCAAAAAAGACUGUAUUAUCACUGCGUACCGUGAUCACUGUACUUUCCUCGGCCGCGGUGGAACAUUGUUGGAAGUCUAUUCUGAACUUAUGGGGAGAGUUGAUGGGUGCUCUAAAGGGAAAGGUGGGUCCAUGCAUUUUUAUAAGAAGGAUUCUGGGUUUUUUGGUGGUCAUGGGAUUGUGGGAGCUCAGGUUCCACUUGGUUGUGGUUUGGCUUUUGGGCAAAAGUAUUUGAAGAAUGAGAGUGUUACUUUUGCACUGUAUGGUGAUGGUGCUGCUAAUCAAGGGCAGCUUUUUGAAGCGCUUAAUAUUGCUGCUCUUUGGGAUCUUCCUGCUAUUUUGGUUUGUGAGAAUAAUCAUUAUGGAAUGGGAACUGCUGAGUGGAGAGCUGCUAAGAGUCCUGCUUAUUAUAAGAGGGGAGAUUAUGUGCCUGGAUUGAAGGUAGAUGGCAUGGAUGUUCUUGCUGUGAAACAAGCUGUUAAAUUUGCAAAGGAGCAUGCUUUGCAGAAUGGGCCCAUUAUUCUUGAAAUGGACACUUACAGAUACCAUGGUCACUCUAUGUCUGAUCCUGGCAGCACAUACCGAACACGUGAUGAAAUUUCUGGUGUGAGACAGGAGCGUGAUCCAAUUGAGAGAGUAAAAAAGCUGUUAUUGUCUCAUGACAUUGCUACCGAAAAGGAGCUAAAGGACACUGAAAAAGAAGUCAGAAAAGAAGUUGAUGAAGCCAUUGCUAAAGCAAAGGAGAGUCCAGUGCCAAAGCCAUCUGAUCUAUUUACCAAUGUAUAUGUUAAAGGAUAUGGGGUUGAGGCAUUUGGUGCUGAUAGGAAAGAAGUGAGAGCUACUUUGCCAUAAAUAGGAAAUUUAUUGGUACCAGAUUGAUCAAUGUCAUGAAUAAAAAGGAUCUUCCGCAGAACAAAUCUGAGUCUAUUGUUUGAGUUCUCUCGGCGUAUAUAGGAAAUUUACCCUUGAAUUGCAAUAGGGGUGGAAAUGCAUACUUUUUGCCAUGUAAUUUUUUUGGAGGAUAUAGGCUUUGGGCAAAGCAUUACUGUGUUUGAUGCAACUUGGGUGUUCUGCAAAUUUGUGGAAUUAUUUGUGUACAACUCUCCUUAAUCUUGGUUAAUAGGUGGCAAGUUUUUGCCAUUAGUUUUAUUGAUAUUCACCAUAUUGUGCUUCAUAGAAACUAUUUUUUGGGUACUAUCCAAGAAUUCAUGUUUCUUUUGAAAUAUUUUCAAAAUUUUAGUUGCUGCAAUUUGCGGAUUGAAUUCUUGAA